UCAUUUCCACUCUCAUGGCAAGCCAGCGCCCAACACGACACACGCCUCCAUUGCUCUGCCCUAAGUGUAGCUAGCAAGCUUUGUUCACUUUCACUUGCGACUUGGAAGCUUUGCUCCUGAGACCAAUGGCCUCCACCGCGGCGCUCCAGACGGCGGCCGUCUGCACGCUGCUCCUGUUCGCCGGCCAGCUGCUCCCCACGGCCACGCCGGCGCCGCCGACCAGCUGCGCCCCAGGCGACGCAAAGUGCCUGGCCUGCUAUAACAAGUGCGUGGAGCCCUGCCGGCGGGACCCGACCCAGUGCCGUGCGACCCUCCUCUGCGGGCCGAAAUGCGCGCAACAGACGUCCAGCCCCCCGCCGCCGCCGCCGCGGGAGAGUGGCACUUGUGCCCCAACCAACGUAAAGUGCGUCGCCUGCGUGAAGAAGUGCGGGGACAGAUGCCGGCGGGACCCGACGCAGUGCCGUAUGACCAUCUACUGCGAGCCGGGAUGCGCGAUUCAGACGGCGAGCCGCCCGCCGGCGAAGGACAUUUGCGGCCCAACCAAGGCGAAGUGCCUGUCCUGCGUUAACAAAUGCAGGGAAACAUGCCAGGGGGACCCGAUAAGUUGUGGCGGGCUCCAAGACUGCGAGACGGGAUGCGCGCACCAGAAGAAGUAGCUACUACUGUAGCUAGCUAGUCGAGUUCAAACGGGGGGAGAGCCGAGGCACACGCUCCACGCACUUUUCCCUUGCUUGUUUCAUGUCAUGUUGUCGUGUCGGUCAUCGUGGUUGUUUUAGAUUUCGUCUAGGUUUGUCAUGUCGGUCGUCCUUGCUGUUUUAGUGGUUCGUCUAAGGCUUCUGUUGCAGCAGUUGCUUCAAAAUAAGGGACCGGAUGGAUCCCAUCCAUCAUCCAUGGACCAUGGGUAUGUAAUAAUGUACUAGAAGCAAACACGCGCGUUGCUGCCCUGUUUUGGAUGUUAUCAGUAUCCGUUUAUUAAUUUAACUAGCAAAA